UUUCUGCAUCGGGCCGCCGACUUUAGAUGAAACCCUGGUACCCAAAGAAGCGUUUGCCACCAUACACGCUCGCUAAAAGUUAAUCCAGUCCGAAUGGCAAUUCUUUUCAAACGUGUUGCGUGUUUGGCUGGGGAUGUUUCACUUCAAUUCCUAUAAAAUGGCAUCUUUCUCCUUGUUACCAGCACACCCACUGGAGAUGUGCAGAGGAAGAGGAAGAUGAAGAGGCCUCACGUGUUGGUCUUCCCAUUGCCUCUUCAGGGUCAUAUGAUUCCUCUCUUGGAUCUCUCCCUUUCUCUCGCCCCCCGAGGCCUUGCACUCACCCUUCUCACCACUCCCGAAAACGAGCCUCUGCUGCGCCCUCUCUUAUCCACUGCUUCUUCCCAGGACCUCUUCAUCCAAUCCCUCAUUAUUUCUCUUCCUCCUCCUACACACGGACUCACCCUCAACGAAAUCCAAUUGCCGCAUUUGAUCUAUUCUCAAAAAGGGCUUGCCGAUCCUUUGGAACAAUGGCUCCUGCAACAAAAACUCAACGAAAGCUCGGAUGAAUUUGGGCCUGUGAUCUGUAUCAUCAGCGAUUUCUUCUUGGGAUGGACUCAGGACACGGCGACAAAGGUGGGUAUACCCAGAGUUGUAUUCAGUCCGUCUGGAGCAUUUGCUAUCUCUGUCAUUUCCUCUUUGUGGAAAUACAUGCCGCACCUAGGUGUGGAAUCUGAUGACGGUGAAGUGCCCAUCCCUGGCUUUCCUCAUCCUCUUACUCUUCGCAAGUUUCAACUUUCUCCCCUUGCACAGGCCUACGAAAGCUCGGAUCCUGUCCACGAGUUCAUCAAAUACAUCAUGAAUUUGAAUAUCCAGAGCUGGGGUGCCCUCAUUAACACCUUCUAUUCUCUCGAGACUCCCUAUGUCGACCAUCUCCGAACAAUUUCGGGUCGCCCUGUUUGGUCGGUGGGUCCUCUGCUUCCCCCUGCUGUGUUCCACCACGAACAGAAGCAGAAGCAGAAGCAGGAGAUGAAUCCUCAGAGGGGGAACCCAAAUUCAAUCAACGAAGCUCUGUGCUUGCAAUGGCUUGAUUGCCGCAAAGAGAAAUCUGUUGUGUAUGUCUGCUUUGGUAGCCUGGCAACGUUGUCCGAGAAGCAGAAUGAAGAGAUAGCAUCGGGAUUGGAGGCAAGUGGAGAGUCCUUUAUUUGGGUCAUCAGAGACAAUGAAAAUGACAAGGUCGGUAUUUCGCAAAGUUAUGAAGAAAGAGUGAAAGAGAAGGGCCUGAUUAUCAGAGGGUGGGCGCCUCAACUCUUGAUCCUCUCCCACCCUUCUGUUGGGUGUUUUGUUACCCACUGUGGGUGGAAUUCUACACUGGAGAGCAUUACGCUGGGAAUUCCCAUGAUUGCGUGGCCUUUAACUGCGGAUCAGCAUAGCGACGCUCUGUUGUUGGUUGAAUAUCUGAGAGUUGCAGUCAGAUUAUGCGAAGGUCUCCACGUACUUCCCAACAGAGAUCUGUUGGCAAGUGCAGUAAAGAGAGUGGUGGGAGGACAAGGCGAAGAAGGUAUGCGGGUGCAGGAAUUAAGCAGGGCAGCAAGAGAGGCAGUGAAGCAAGGUGGAUCUUCCUCCUCUAAUCUGGAAGUUUUUGUCGCUUGCAUACAAAAUUUGGCACACGACAACUUGUGAGGCUGAAUUUUUAAUUUAAAAAAAAAAUUGUGUAGUAAUUUUUAUAUUAAAUUUUAUUUGAUUAUGCAUUGAAAGGUAAAAUAUAUAGCUUACCCUU